CUCGUCUCUUGCGCCUGACCCUUCCCGGGACCCGUGAUGCCGAGGCAGCUGCAAGGAGCGACGAACGGUCGGGGUUGAGCCCCAAGUGAGCUGAGGGCUCGCGCUCUUCUGGCCCUAUCCCCCGGGCCCGCCCCACUUGAAGAAAUGAGUGGUGGAUUGGCCCCAAGUAAAAGCACAGUGUAUGUAUCCAAUCUGCCCUUUUCCCUGACCAACAAUGACUUAUAUCGGAUAUUUUCCAAGUAUGGCAAAGUUGUAAAGUGGUGCUUUUCUAGCGCUGGCCCUCCGUGCAGUCAGCAGUCAUCCCCUGGCACUGUGCUAGAAGCGGGAGCCCUGCUUUCUCCCCGUUUAUUUAUUUAUUAUCAGCGUGGACUUAAAACUCCCUUCCUUAGGUGGGUUACUAUAAUGAAAGAUAAAGAUACCAGGAGGAGUAAAGGGGUUGCAUUUAUUUUAUUUUUGGAUAAAGACUCUGCACAAAACUGUACCAGGGCAAUAAACAACAAACAGUUAUUUGGUAGAGUGAUAAAAGCAAGCAUUGCUAUUGACAAUGGAAGAGCAGCUGAGUUCAUCCGAAGACGAAACUACUUUGAUAAAUCUAAGUGUUAUGAAUGUGGGGAAAGUGGACACUUAAGUUAUGCCUGUCCUAAAAAUAUGCUUGGAGAACGUGAACCUCCAAAGAAGAAAGAGAAAAAGAAAAAAAAGAAAACUCCUGAGCCAGAAGAAGAAAUUGAAGAAGUAGAAGAAAGUGAAGAUGAAGGGGAAGAUCCUGCUCUUGACAGCCUCAGUCAGGCUAUAGCUUUCCAGCAAGCCAAAAUUGAAGAAGAACAGAAAAAAUGGAAACCCAGUUCAGGAGGUCCUUCAACAUCAGAUGAUUCAAGACGCCCAAGGAUAAAGAAAAGCACAUACUUCAGUGAUGAGGAGGAACUUAGUGAUUAAAAAUAUAUAUAUUAUGUAAAUAUCAUUAAAAAGUUUUUUUUAAGUCUUGGAGUACCAAGUUCCCUUGGGAUUAAAAAUUACUUUUAGAAUUUGAACAUAAGAACACUUAGUACCAAAUACUUUUUUACUUUAGAUAGUUGAUAGGAAGUGGUAAUUUUAUAGUAUCAUGUUUAUCUUGCAUCAAGAUUUGCUAAUAAUCAUUAAUCUUUAAAAUAGUUCAUUUGAAUAAAAAAGAAAAUGUAAUACUAUCAUAACAAUGCUAUCCCAAGAAGAAAGUGAAAGUCGCUCAGUGGUGUCCGACUCUUUGUGACCCCGUGGACUACACAGCUCAUGGAAUUCUCCAGGCCAGAAAUACUGGAGUGGGUAGCUUUUCCCUUCUCCAAGGGAUCUUCCAAACCCAGGGAUCGAACCCAGGUCUCCCGCAUUGCAGGCGUAUUCUUUACCAGCUGAGCCAGAAAGGUAGAUAGUAAAAAGAUUUGAGAAGUUCAUUGUAAAAGUUUAUUCAUGAUUGGUUUAUAUAAGAACUUUUGAAAUAAAUUUCAUCUUUAAAACAAAAACUUCAUAAAGACUGUGGAAAGUUUGGAGUGAUUUAUUGUUACUCAUGUUAAUAAAGUUUUCUCAAGAGACCUUUAUUUUUAAA